AUGACUUACGAGAGACUCCCGCCGGGAACGCAGAGGAUCGAGGACCGGACCGGACAGAAGAUCCUGUUGGCACCUCAGCCAAAUGCGGAUCCCAACCAGCCACUGAACUGGUCGGCUUUUCGCAAGUCGUUGCAUAUGGUCAUCCUGUGCUUCUAUGCAUUGAUGGUGUUUGCCAUCCUCUGCGUCGCCGUUCCCCUCUGGCAAGACUUCAACACCGAGCUUGGGAUGAGCUAUGCCGUUCUAAAUGACGGCUACGCCACAAAUAUGGCAACCCUAUCCGUCGGGUGCAUCAUCUUCGUGCCCUUCGCUCUUCGAAUCGGACGGAGGCCAGUCUACAUUGCGACGGCGUUGGUCAUGCUUGCUGCCGCUGUGUGGCAAGCAAAGAUGUUUACGAUCGGAGAUAUGAUCGGGGCAAACGCUAUUUCGGGUCUUGCAGGAGCUGUGAAUGAAGCCAUCUUCCAGGUUACUGUUUCGGACCUCUUCUUCGUGCAUCAGCGCGGCACCAUGAAUGGGAUCUACCUUGUCAUUGUUAUCAUUGGCAACUAUCUCGGCCCGGUUGCCUCGGGAUAUGUCGCCGUUUCACAGGACUGGCGAUGGGUGUAUUGGUACUGCACCAUCUUCAUGGCCGCGGUGACUUUGGCGAUGAUUUUCUUCCUCGAAGAGACCAAAUACACUCCCCCCGUAUUAGCCGGUCGGGAAGUCGUCAUCUCGACCUCGAUCGAACAGCCAGAUAACCUCACCAAGGUCAGCAGCACCAGCAAAAGCAACGCCCGCGGCUCGAUCUCUGUCGAUUCCACCGACGCCGCCAAUAACGAACGUCGCCGUCUCGUUGACAUCGACACCUCCAUCCCCAUAAAGUCGUACUGGGAGCGCCAUUCCCUGUGGUCUGCCGACAAGCAAGCCACUUCCGAACAACGCAGCCUGUGGAUGCACUUCUAUCAGCCGUUCCAGAUCCUGGUCACGUUCCCCGCCGUCAUGUUCACGGCGUUGCAGUAUGGUUUCUGUAUUGCCAUGUUGGCCAUCCUGGCUGUGACCCAGGCGACGCUGUACCCGUUCCCGCCGUACAAUUUCACCCCGAUCGGAGUCGGCAACAUGAACUUGCCACCCGCCAUCGGAGCCAUCCUGGGCUCUCUGUUCGGCGGCCCUCUCAACGACUACUUCAUUCUGCAGGUCGCAAAACGACGGGGCGGCAUUUACGAACCCGAGACUCGACUUUGGCUGUUCUUGGUCCCGGGCUUCUGCAUGCCCAUCGGAUUGUUCAUGUAUGGGUUGACUAUCUCCAAGGGAAUGGCGUGGCCUGUCAACGCCGUCGGGGCUGGGUUCAUCGGCGCGGCGAUCGGCGGCUGCGGUGACAUUUCUCUGACAUACUGUCAGGACUGCUACCAAUAUAUCCUCGGGGACGCCCUGACAUCGGUGGUCUUCGUGCGCAACAUUAUUUCUACCGCGCUCGUCUUCGCAAUCACGCCCUGGAUGAACAACAUGGGCGUAUACAACAUGUUUGUUCUGCUGGGCUGUCUCGGUAUUGCCGUGGCUCUCACCUGCGUGCCAUUGAUUAUUUGGGGGCGCACAUGGAGAGCGAGACUGGCGGGACGGUAUGAGUAUUUCGCGGCCAAGCAAUAUUGA